UUAAGCAGCCAAGUUCACGUCAGAAGUGUAUGGGAAGGCUCUAAGGCCUGCUUGUUUAAAAUAGUAAAUAAAUAAGAAAAUUGACAAAAUGCUGACGGACGACGAUGAUUUCUUCUACGAGGAUAAAAUGUAAGUACCGGAAUGCAUGUAUAUACGCUUGCAUAUGGUAUCGGGUGGAAUAGGAAGUACUAGCUCUGCCUCUAUUUCUCUCUGUAUGUGUAUAUAUAUGAUAAAUAUAUAUCUGAUUCCUAAAAGUUCGAAACAAAAAUUGGAGGAUUUAAAAGUCAGCGCGGCCACCGAUACAGAAACUGCGGUCUUUUGCACUGGCCUCGAGCUAACACCAGAUCGAUAUGGACUCUUUAGUAAACAAAAAUACGAGCUAGAUCGCUUGUAAGUCAAUAUGAUUGCUUUAGUUCGCUUCCAGGGAUUUGGAGUAGCCUUGAAAUUGGUUAAUUUGCGGGCCUGCACAUAUUCGUCGUGGCAGCGCUGCGCCCACUCGAUCGCCUUUCGUUGCCAGCGCGUCUCCUGCUCCCGCCGGUUCCACAAAUCGAACUGUUUGCGCAGCUUGCCCCGUUCCACGGACUUCAGAUGGAACGGUUCAGUCUUCACAAUGCUCGAUAAGAUGCGCGGCACGAACGGAGGCUGGCGCCAGCUCUCCGAGGCUUGGCUCAACUGCGGCCGCAGCGUCACCUCCCUCAUUAUCUGUUGCUCCAGAUUCGCCCGUUCCGUCUGCCAACGUUUGGCCGCCUCCAUAGAUUUCUUUACGUUUGUGCAUCAACUUGAAAUUUGGCACCGCAUGGCUAUGGAACUGGCAUUGCCGGCUCUGCUCCUGCUGCAACUGACGCAGCUCCUGCUGCCGAUUGCGGUCGUACACGUGCUUUCUUUUCCAUUCCAGGUCUUUGAUGGCACUCCCGCUGCCCGUGAAGGCUCCCUGCAAUCAGGUGAUGAAUUGCUCGCUGUCAAUUCGGUGAGCGUUAAGGGCAAAACCAAAGUGGAGGUCGCCAAGAUGAUUCAAACUGCUACGGAUGAGGUGACCAUUCACUACAACAAGCUGCACGCAGAUCCGGAACAGGGCAAAACGCUGGACAUAAUCCUCAAGAAACUGAAGCAUCGCAUUGUGGACAAUUUGUCGAGCAAUACGGCUGACACGCUGGGUCUAUCGAGGGCUAUACUAUGCAAUGAUUCGCUGGUCAAGCGACUAGAGGAGCUGGAGGGCACAGAGCUGAUGUACAAAGGACUUGUGGAGCAUGCGCGACGCAUGCUGAAGGCCUAUUACGAUCUAUUGCAGACAUACAAGAGCUUUGGCGAUUGUUUCACCCAGAUCUCGGCACAUGAGCCGCAGCAGCGUGCCAGCGAAGCAUUUCGUACUUUUGGCGAAUUUCAUCGCUCGCUGGAAAAGGACGGAUUGGCUAUCAUUAAGCAAAUUAAGCCCGUGCUCGCAGAUCUGGGCACGUAUCUGAAUAAGGCCAUACCUGACACAAAAUUAACCGUGCGACGUUAUGCGGAUGCGAAGUUCACCUAUCUCUCCUAUUGCCUGAAGGUCAAGGAGAUGGAUGAUGAGGAGCAUGGCUUUGCAGCGUUGCAGGAGCCGCUCUAUCGCGUCGAGACGGGCAACUAUGAAUAUCGUUUAAUUCUGCGCUGUCGCCAGGAUGCGCGUAGCAAGUUCGCCAAGCUGCGCACAGAUGUUCUCGAGAAAAUGGAGCUGCUGGAGUGCAAGCAUGCCAUGGACUUGAAUAAGCAGUUGCGCAGCCUACUCGAUAGUUUGGCGGAACUACACAGAAGCUUGGUGGCACGUCUGGACUCCCUACCUCCUCUCUUCCCCAUUGAAGUGGACUUUAAGGAAACGGAUUUUCAAUACAAAUCGAGUACGCUCAAGCCCCAGGAGCUGGAUGAUGACGAAAUUGAAGAGAAUUCAACAACACGUUCCCAUAAAGUAACAUACGGCAGGGAAGCCGUCGAGCAGCCGGCGCCCAUUAUCAAUGUGGAACUAAAGGAGCCCACAACUGCGUCCAAUGCCAACGAAAACGAAUCCCUGCUCAAGGAACUGGGUUUGCACGAUGUGGAUUUGCUUUCCAAUCCGCAAACUAUUAGCAAUCAAACGGAUUCCAUUUCGGCACAGAAUGACGGCUACGAUUUUGACUUAUUUUUGAAUCAGGCAAAUGCUACGACAAGCCUCGAACGGGAUCUGAUGUCAGCCAAUGCCAGCGAAACUGAUUUGCUGCUGCAAUAGACUUUUUGUGUACAAACAGAAUUUCCUUUAUUAGAAUCGAGCUCUUUUUCUAACUGUUCGUUUUGCUAUUUACGUGUAUAUAUUGUUAAGUGUAUGUGAAAUUAGAUAUAUUGAACACCAAAUGAAUAAUAAAACUAGAAA